AUGCAACCGAUUGGUGAAAACCAAGGAGAGUACGGAUAUUCCCCUCAAAAACAUAUACAUAUGUUCCAAACACCUCCAUCUAUACCAACUCGCUCGAAUGUAGACAGUCAUGCGCUUGUUCAUUUUCCACCUCCAAAUAAGAUACCAAUGGACCAAACUCAUCUUCGUACCAAUACGUAUUUCCACCCUACACCGGUCCCAUUCUCAGGUCACUCGAACGUUCCAAAUCAAACACCCUUUGGAUUUUCUUCUCAAUCGACUAAGCAACACCACCGAGAACCAAUUCGAAUGUCACCUGACACAAAUUUACUUAAUUCCAAUGCACGACAUCAGGCCGGUCAAACCAAUGCAAAAACAACUAGAAGUUCAGUUCAAUCUUCACCUCAGCCAAAUUUCGAUGAUAUCAUAUCAUCAUAUCAUCAUAGAUCGACUCCACAGGCCGAAUUAAUUACCUCUCAACAACCAGAUAGGUUCAAUGAACCACUGGUUCCAUACUCUUCUGAUUUUAAUUCCCACACACUGAAAACGCCUCGAACCAUUUUGCUAAACAUGAUAUCGGGUAAUGUUUCAGGUGACCCCAAAUGGAACUCAUCGCCUUCAGCUCAUGUUGAUCAACCAACAUCUCCUUGCAACUUUCAAAUGAAUCGACAAACUUCAUUCACAGUUUCUUCUCACUCAAAGAGAGAACAAACAGUAUUUUUUUCAUCAAAUCAAGUGACUAAUUCAACCAACGCGCAAUCUACACACAAACACAUCAAUCAACCGCAUGUAAAUCAAAACAUCCCGCUCCAGAUUAGGUCAAAUUUCGCUCCGAACGUCCCAAACAAUCAACAAUUUGACGAGACGCUAUCUAUGAACAGAAGAGUACGACUACCUAGUGUUCAUAGUCUUGUUCAAACUGCCCCAACCUCUAGUGGAAGCGAGAAUCGAUUCAUGGUCAAUAUUCAAUCAGGCAGGUCGACUCGUAAUGAUUACAUAGUGAGUUGGUCAUAA